AUGCCAGCAAUGCUGUCCUUGUUCUUCAUCAGCUUCAUGCAGUGCGCCUUGACAACCAGGGAGUCAGAGUCCACAGGUCACAGUGCGCUUGAGAAAGAGGGCGAAGCACGCACGUCUUGUUCUGAGAGAGUGGACACGGUGAUGAAUGGACCCUACGGCACAUGGUUCGGUCGCAAGAUCCAUUCUUUAUCCUUGAACGAUCCGUUUGAGUUUGUCUUUGCUGCUCAAGACCACGGUUUGACUGAAGAGAAAUUUUUGACGACAGUCAAGAGUUCAAUGCUUUUUCACUGCAGAUUCUUUCGGUCCAAAAAGACCUGCGCUGGGGUCCGCAAUGCUCGCUUCCAGGAACCGCUUUUUCCUGCCAAGAUCAGCCCUCGAGAUCCCAACUGCUUCAAAACGCUGGAUUCUUAUGCCAAUGAUCCCGCGCAGAAGGAGAGAUGCGCCAUUGUGAAGUGCUACCGCGAGCUUGUGGAGAAGAAUUGUGCUGACGUGGUGCUUGGUGGUGGACAGCUUGCGAGUUUGAAGUCCCACUGUAUCAAAUAG